GUUAAGUCAAUUUUUAUGAUUAUAUGUUACGAUUGCAAUAUUUCGGUCAAUCGGGUGGUUCAAAACAGGGCCGUCCUGAAAUCUUUCAUUUCGUGGUGCAAUGCGGGACAAAUAUUUCGUUCUUGCCGUGCACGAGUCUUUAUAAAAUUGUGGCAGAAGAGGUUGUAUCCUCCAUCUAAAGAAGUCAUAAUGCAGAUCUUUGUUCAGGGCCAAUCUACUAAUGUCUACGACAUCAGCAGUUCAAUUUCUGUCAGUGACUUAAAGGAAUUGAUUGCUUUCAGAAGUGGUGUCCCCGUAGAGGACCAAGUCCUUGUUUAUGGUGGACAUCCACUUCAAGAUGAAAAGUCACUUUGUGAAUGUGAAAUCAAUGCGUCGUCUACGAUCUCCUUAGGCGUACGAGUACUCGGAGGUAAAGUCCAUGGUUCUUUAGCUCGUGCUGGAAAAGUCAAGGGACAAACACCAAAGGUCGACAAGCAAGAAAAGAAAAAACCAAAGACAGGUCGUUGUAAAAGACGACAUCAAUACAAUUCUCGAUUUGCUAAUGCUGUCAUCACACCAGGACGAAGACGAGGACCCAACUCAAAUGCUUAGAAUGUAAAUGCUUUACAAGCUGAAUAAUAAAUAUUCAA